CAGACUGCAGCGUCCAAGUCUCUGGUGCCGUGCAUGGCGAUUGUGUCGAUUGUGUGGAUCUGUCGACGCGUUGUCGUGGUGGGCGGGACGCGUUCGCGGAGUGACGCCACUGCCGGGGGGCGUCUCCACAUGGCACACGAUCAGCCGCGGCGGAAACUGUCCUCAACUCGCGUGCCGCUGCCGCCGCCGCCUCAUCCACCACACACUGUCGCAACAUGAUCCAGGCAUUUUUACAGCGCCUGGCCCGCUUGCUGGACCGGCCACUCUUCCCGUGGAGGAAGCUUGUGGUUGGCUUCUCGCUCGCGGAAUUCGCGCUCGAGAACUGGCUGCUGUUCCGCCAGUACCGCGUUCUGCAGCGCACCACGGUCCCCAAGGCACUCGACAAGGAGAUUGACCGCGAGACAUUUGACAAAUCCCAGGCAUACGGCCGCGCAAAGGCCAAGUUCAGCUUCGCGUCGGCUCUCUUCAACCAGGCCAAGCACCUCGCAACCAUCUACUUCAACGUCUACCCGAUCCUCUGGAGCGUCGCCGGCUCGCUCAUCGUCCGCUAUGCCCCCGCCAGCCUCUCUGGCGAGAUUCCGCGAUCGCUGCUGUUCAUGUACCUCAUGACCUGGGCUGAGACGCUCAUCGGCCUGCCCUUCUCGUACUACCACCACUUUGUGCUCGAGGAGAAGUACGGCUUCAACAAGAUGACCAUCAACACGUGGGUCACAGACAUGGUCAAGGGCCAGGCUCUCGGGCUUGCGUUCGGCAUCCCCAUUGGCAGCGCCUUCCUGGCCAUUAUCCGCAAGACGGGCCAGAAUUUCUUCUACUACCUCUGGGUCUUCAUGCUGGCUGUGCAGAUCCUUGGCAUGACCAUCUACCCGAUCCUCAUUGUGCCGCUCUUCAACAAGCUCGAGCCUCUCCAGCCCGGCAAGCUCAAGGACUCGGUCGAAGCGCUCGCGUCGAAGCUCGACUUCCCGCUCUCGGAGCUGCAGGUUAUUGACGGCAGCAAGCGCAGCGCCCACAGCAACGCCUACUUCACCGGCCUGCCGUGGAUUGGCAAGAAGAAGAUUGUCAUCUUCGACACGCUGCUCGAGAAGAGCUCGGACAAGGAGGUCGAGGCUGUUCUGGGCCACGAGCUGGGCCACUGGAAGAUGAACCACACAUCCAGGCUGCUGUUCAUCGCGCAGGCCCACCUGUUCUACACGUUCGCCUUGUUCUCCGUCUUCAUCGACAACCGCUCGCUCUUCACCGACUUUGGAUUCCACAGGGAGCAGCCAAACAUUAUUGGAUUUAUUCUGUUCAACGAGAUCUUGUCGCCUACGGACGCGCUCUUUAAGCUGGGCAUGAACUUUUGGACCCGCAAGAUGGAGUAUGAAGCUGAUGCAUUUGCCGUCGACCUCGGAUACCGCACGGAGCUCGGUGCUUCCCUCCUGAAGCUGCAGAUCCAGAAUCUGUCGUCAAUGGACGCUGAUUGGUUCUACUCGUCUUUCCACCACUCGCACCCUAUCCUGACCGAACGGCUGCGCGCAAUGAACUGGUCGAGCAACGAGAAGCUGACGGAGAAGGCCAAGGACGAGGACAAGGCGGUCAAGGCGUCGGACCGAGAGUUGUAGGAGUAGGACAUGAAGGGUGGAUUGGAGGGCGAAGUAUGCGCUCCCCAGUGGU